UACCAGGCUGCAACGCUUUCUUCUAUUUGUCUGUUCUGUGGUGCUUAUAUUCUCGUCGGCCGGCAGCCGUAAAACAUUAGCACCGGUCAUCGGAUCUUAAGGCUUUCCGUUUCCCGUUGAUUGAUUUUAUUGAAGUUUUGCGUUUAUUAGAAUCGAUCGGUUGGAAAGAUAUUCGUUUUCUACAACUUUUAAUUAAUUGUUUUCCCGUCUCUGAUCCAGGAUAUUGCUCAGAUCAUAUAUGCAAACCGUUAGCGCGAUCGUAUAUUGAUUACUGCUUCUGUUCUCGGCGAUUGGUUUUAUUGAAGAUUUGCCUUUAUCGCGAUCGAUCCUAUAAAUUUCUUCUUCCCAAAAUUUUAUUUUAUUGAUACUACUACUUUUUUUCUCUCGUCCUUGAUCGACGAUGUAGGGCAAAUCAUAGACGGAGGUGGUUGGCGGGCUCUUGUUUUCCUGAUUUUCUGCUUUUAAUUCUAUUUAUUUUUCCAGGCAAUUGAUUUAAUUGAUGAUUCGCCUUUAUCUGAUUCCUACUGUUGAUGAUUUGUUUUCCUGUCUUGCCUCUAUGAUGUUGCUAUGAUUUCAUACAUAUCAAGAGUGGGAUCGGAGUGGGUGAACAAGAUGGACAGGUUUGAUUACCACUUCACUAGGUUUCUGCUUCCCGGUUUGAUUAUUGAAGUUUUGUCUUUUUGGUGAUCGAUCAAUUGGAUUAUCUAUUUUUUGGAAAUUAAUUGUGUUCACGUCUUAACUGGAUGAUGUGGGAGUUCACCUCUGAUGUUUUUAUUUCUUUGGUCCAUCACAUCUAUUCUCGGUUUGCUCUUUUGGAAAUUGUUUAUUUGUCUUGGUGAGUUGGUCUGUUGUUGGAGAUCUCUACCCUGCUGUUGAUCUCAUGCAGGUCAGAUGAUACACUUGCUCUCACCUGCAAUAAUUUAGUAUGAGUUCCUUUCUUAUUUACAGUGAAGCAUGGACAUUCAUUGCUUUGGUAAUAUAGAUAUGCUAUUGUUUUAGUAAUAUUGAUAUUCUAAAUUAUAUUUUAAAAUCUGAAGGAUAAUAUUUGAUUAGAUAGUUUAAGUCUAGACAACACAAUCUCAGCUGCAAUUUUUUGGAUUUUUCUUGAUGAACAAUAAAGACUCUUUUGGUUACUAUGUGUCCAACCAUCUCAUAUGGCAUUUCCUGGUAUCUGAAGAUGGUCGUUUCCAAAACUUUUUAUUUCUACCUUGACUUGUUGGUGCAGUUCUGAGUUCAGAUGAAUGAUUUGUCUCUAGCCUUUUCAUUUUUAACUAGUUGAAAAUUUAGUUUAUAAGUCUCAAAUUUUCAUAUGCCUCAUUUUGUUUUGACAAAAUAAGCAGAAUAUUUUUGUUCUUCAUUAUUUUAUGCUUGUGUGUUCCACAUCACUAUUCACAUGUUCUUUUCUUAAGUACUUUUAUUAAUCACUUGAUAAAAUAAAAUGAAGUUGUCUUCACUUUUCUUUUGUAGAUUAACUAUUGAUGUGAUUUUUAUUAAUAUAAAUUUUAUUCUUUAAUAUUGUACUAUUUUAAUUUUUUUACAUCAGAAACAGCCGAAUCUGGUACGGAGGGAGUAUGAUAUAAUGGAUUACCUAAGUCAAAUCAUAUAUUAACAUCUAUGGUUAUUGGUUAGUUUCAUCUUGACCGACUCAGAAUCUAUAAUUCUAUAAAUACCACAAGGAUAUAGAAUGUGUUAUCUUGAUCAUAUUCCUGGAUCAUAUAUACUUAUGUUUUGAUGAGUAGUAAGGGCACAAAUCAUUGGUUUGAAUUUGCUUGCAAUAUUUUGGAUUCAUCUGGCUGAGCAGGUCUGGGUGUUGUUUAUCCAGUUAUUGGACUUAAUGUCAGUCAUGUAAACAAUUUUGUGAAUUUGGGUGGUCGAAUAAGGAUGGCUUGGCUUGAUUUCAAGGUGCCCAUUAUAUUUCUGGAACUUCCCCAUUGUGAUGAUUUUGGUACUAGAAAUGGAUUUGACAAGAACUAUGCACAUUUUGUGAUGUGUUCGCUUCUUCUUGACCACCUCUCAUAAUCUAAUAUAUACCACUGCCAUCGUAAUCCUGAAGUUCCUGAUAGAAUUAUAGAAGACCCAUAUAACCUUAGCUCUGAUGACUUCUAGAAGAUUUGACUUGAAUUGUGAGAUUGCAAUAGCCCAAGAAAUAGAUGCCAGAAGUAGACUUGUUGAAAAUGCUAUGAUUUUGAGCCUCAACAGUACCUGUGAUGCUGGGGAUUUGAUUUAUUGAAAAUGCAUUGAAUCCUUGUCAAAUUUUAUGUCCCGAGAAGGCUUAUGGAGGUUAUGAAGCUCUGUUUCCAAGACAUCCCCUUUGACCUGGGAGGUAGAAGGCUAUCAAGAGUUGGUGUUCUCACUCCUGACACUCCGUACGAACAGAAUAGUAGCAAUCUGAUUCUCCUCAUGCAAAAUGUUUGGAAAUCGAACCACGCUUAGCUAUUUUUAUUGUCCAGUUGCCAAACCUUCUCUAAAUGGCCUCUGUUGAACAAUAUAUCAGAUCCAAGGUUUUUUUCUUGGUAAGAUUUUUGUGGGUAUGUUGUUUGGGCUGGAACUUGCAGCUCUCUUGAUUUGUUGAUCUAAUCUGAGAUAGGCGAUUCGGUGUCACGUACAAGAUGAAGGAUUCUGUUCCUUAUUUAUUGCUCGCGUUCAACAUCACUAAUCACAUGUAUGAACCAAAUCAUAUAUGAAUGUCUAUCACUCUAUGCUUAGUUUCUUCUUGAUUGACUCUCAUAAUCUAUAUAUACCACAAUGAUUUAUAAUCAAGAUAGAAUAUGUUAUAGGUUAUGUUAUCUUGUUCAUCAUCUUGGAUCAUAUUUGCCUAGAUUCUGAUGAGUAAUAGAUGUGGGCCAGAUCAUUGCUUUGACUUCACUUGCAAUAUUUUGGAUUCAUCUAGCGAGCAGGGUGAUGUAUUGUUUAUCCUGUUAUUGGACUUGAUGUCAUUCAUGCCAACAAUGUUGUGAAUUUGGGUGGUUGAAUGAGACUGCUUGGUUUGAUUUCAGAACGUCCAUUGCUUAUAUUUCAGGAAGUUCUGCACUAUGGUUAUUUUGUUAGUGGAAAUUGAUUUGACAAGAACCAUGCACAGUUUCUGAUAUAUUCGCUUCUUGGCCACCUUUCAUUAUCUAUAAAUACCACUGCCAUCGUAGUUGUGAUAGAAUAUUGUUGUCAUUAGUUGCUAAUUUUCUUAUAAAACAGCCUUGAUGACUUGUAGAAGUGGUGGAGAUCAUAUAUUUGACUUCUAUUGUGAGAUUGCAAUAGUCAUGGAAUUAGAUGCUGGAAGUGAACUUAUUGAAAAUGCUCUUACUUUUAUUCUCAAAUAGAAGAUCUGAUGCUGGAAGUUGAUUUAUUGAAACUGCACUAAAACAUUGUCAUGUUUUGUGCCCAAAGAACAAGUGAACUACAGCAAAGACACAGAUGAUUUUUUUGUCAGCAACAGAAGCAAGGGGGAUUAGAAGAGCCGUUAUUAAACCAUUAUAAAGUUGAUGAUUUCCACCAAGUUAUGGAGUUCUCUUUCCAAGACAUUCCGUUUGACCAGCAAGGUAGAAGGUAAUCAUGAGUUAGUGUUCUCACACCGCACAAACAGCAGAGUAGUAAUCUAACACUCUUCAUGCAAUAGAAGGUAAUCAUGAGUUAGUGUUCUCACACUGCACAAACAGAAUAGUAGUAAUCUAACGCUCUUCAUGCAAAAUGUUUGAAAAUCUCACCACAUGUAGCUAUUGUAGCUCUCAAUUUCCUGAUGUUAACUCAGACACGUGACACGAUUUCAAGUAUAAGGUUCUCGACAAGUACAAGGUCCUCGGUUUCAUCUGGAUUUUAUAUUUCUUGCUGAUGAAUAUAGAUGAGGUUGAUCUAUUUUUCUGCCUUGGUUAUUGAUCUAGGUGAGUCCUUAAUGCAAUGUUUAUCUUUUCAACAAAUUUAAGAUCCAAUUGAUAAUUUUGCAGUUCUAAAAAACUGGUUCCAACUAAUUUGUUGUGACAAAAUACGGUGAAGAUUUUUUCUUCAUUAUCUAUUGCAUGUGUUCACAACAUUCACAUGUUUGGUGAAGAUUUUAGUCACUUCUACCUUUUCUUUUCUUUUGUAGAAAACUAUUGAUUUGGUUUUUAAAUACAAAGUAAUGAAAAUAUAGAACUUUUAUUUUUUAAAUUUUUUUCCAAUUUUUGAAUUGUUUACAAGAUCUGGACCUUAUUCUUGUUGUGAUGAGUAAUAGAUGCGGAAAUGAUCCUUUGUUUGAUUUUGCUUCCAAUAUUUGGAUUCAUCCGGCUUGCAAGUUGAUCCUGAUGUGUUCUUUAUCCUGUCAUCAUGUCAAACAAUUUUGUGAAUUUGGGUAGAUGAAUGAGGUGGUUUGGUUUGAUUUCAAGGUAUCCAUUGCAUAUAUUUCAGGAAGUUCUUAUGUUGUUAGUGGAAAUGAUUUGACAAGAACUAGGUACAAAGUUUGUUGUGUUAGCUUCACCUUGACCUCCUCAUAAUCUAUAGAUAACAGGACUGUCAUAAUCCGGAUAGGAUUAUUUAUCAUGACCAGUUGCCAAGUUCCAUAUUUUCUGAUGUUCUAUAGAAGUGGCGCAGAUCAUAGAUUUGACUUCAAUUGUGAAAUUUCAUUAGUCAAUGAAGGAGAUGCUGGAAUUGGAAUGUUGACAAUGCUUGAUUUUGAGUCAAAAACAUUAAAUGUGACGUUGGAAGUAUAUUUAUUGAAAGCACACAGAAAUCUUGUCAAGUUUUAUGCCCAAAGAACAGGUGAACUACAGCCAAAACAUAGACCAUCUUUUUGUCAGCAAUAGAAGCAAGGGGGAUUAGUUUCACUGUUGAGAAAGUAACAUGCAGAUGAACAUGAAUACGUUGGUCAUGGAGAUAUAUUUCCAAGUUACUCCUUUCGACUAGUGAGGUAGAAGGCAAUCAUGAACUAGUGGUCUCUCUGCACGAAUGUAAUAGUAGUUAUCUAAUGCUCUUCCCGCAAAAUAUUUGAAAAUCCAACAUUUAGCUUUUGUAAUUGUCCAAAUGCUAAAGCGUCUCUAAAUGACUUCUGUUACACUAUAUCAGAUCCAUGAUUUUGGUUUUUCCCUGAAAUGAAAUUUUGUCGAUGUGGGGGUUUGGUUACUGGAAUAGUGGAACAUGUAGAGUUGUGGCUCUCAAUUUGUUGACGUAAGUUCAAACAGGGGAUUCGAUGGAAAGUACAAGGUCAUUUCAUCUGGAUUUUGUAUUUCUUGCUGAUGAACAUAGAUAAGAUUGAUCUAUUUUUCUGCCUUGGUUCGUUGUUCCAGCUGAGUUUUUACUGCAAGGUUUUUUUUAUUUCAACAGAUAAAAGAUCCAUUUGAUAAUUGUCUAGUCCUUGAAGCAGGUACCAAUUAAUUUGUUGAUACAAUAAGGUGAACAAUUUUUUUAAUUCAUUAUAUAUUGCUUGUGUGUUCCACAUCACUCUUCACAUGUUUAGAUCAUAUCUUCUUUCCUGAAAUGUUAUCAUUUGUAAUUUUCCAAAAUAACCUAAGAUAUUAUAGUCAGUAUAGUCACAUCUUCUAUUUAUUUUCUUUCCUUUUCUAGAGGACUAUUAAUGAAAUUUUUAAAUAAUAUAAAUUUUAUUUGAAGGUCGUACUUAUUUUUAAUUUUUUUUACAUAGUAAACAGCUGAACCUAGACCUUAUUCCAGUUCUGAGGGAGCAUAAUAUAAUGAAUUUUAGCAGAACCAUAUCAUAUAUGAAUAUCAAUGGUUAGUUUCGUCUCGACCGACUCUCAUAGUCCGUAUAUGUUUUAGGGUUUUGAUGAGUAAUAGAUCAUUUGUUUGACUUUGCUUGCAAUAUUUUGGAUUCAUCUGGCUGGGCAAACUGAACCUGAUGUGAUGUUUAUCCUAUUAUUGGACUUGAUGUCAGUUAUGUUAACUAUACUAUUUUUGUGAGUUUGGGUGAUCGAAUGAGGUGGCUUAGUUUGAUUUCGAUGUGUUAGCAUCUACUUGACCACCUCGUAUAGUCUAUAAAUACCACAACCAUCAACCAUCCUCACCUAGAUUUGACUUUGAUUGUGAGAUUUCAAUAGUCAAGGAGGAAGUGGUGUUAUUGAAAAUACUCUUGUAUUGAGUUUCAAACAUUUUAUGUGAUAUUUGAAGUAGAUGUAUUGAAAAUGCAUGGAAACCUUGUCAAGUUUUAUGCUCAAUGAACUGUUAAUUACAGCAAAGACAUAGAGACAUCUUUUUUGUCAACAACAGAAGGGGGCGUGGCUUCACUGUAGAGAAAGAUACAUCCAGAUCAACAUGCAUAUGGAGGUUAUGGAGUUUGACACUCCCUUUGUCCAGCGAGGUAGAUAGGUGAUUCAGUGUCAAGUACAAGGUCCCCAUCCUCACCUGGAUUUCAUAUUUCUUGCUGACGAAUAUAAAUCAGGUUGAUCAAUUUUCUGCCUUGGUUUAUUGGUGUGGCCGAGUCCUUCAAGGUUUUUCAUUACAACAGAUUUAAGAUCCAACCGAUGAGCGUCUAGUUCUGAAAACCGGUACCAGUUCAUUGGUCAUUUGGUAUUUUCAAGUACUCCGUAAUAGUCUAGUCACCUUCUCUUUUUCUUUUCUUUGCAAAAAACUUCUGAUUUAGUU